AUGCCGUGGGAGGAUGGUCUAGAUGAGUUUGAGAAGCAGUUGGCUACAGAGAAAGAGCAGCGAGAAGAGAAAGGUGCACGGAAACGCCAUUCACACCGCGAUAAAGACGAGCGACGACAUCACCACCACCAUCAUCACCACAAGUCUCACCGAGACCGAGACCAAGAUCGAGAUGAACAUAGGUCAAAGCGUAGAAGGCAGAGCAGCGAUGAUUAUGAGAGAAGAGAAAAAUAUUCACAUAGACAGAACGCAACAGUGACCAACAAUGAGCCGCCCACGGACAUUGACGAUGCCCGACCAGAUCUACGUGGUGUUAGGCGUGAUGCCUGGAUGGAGGGACCUGAUUCUAUCGAUGUUGACUAUGUGCAAAAGAAGCGAAAGGAACCUUCUCCACCACGACAGGGUUCGCUAAGUCAAGACUUCGAGAUGAGGAUACAUAAGAACGAACUGAACCACCAUCUCAGAGACCUGCAGAAUGGCCAGGCUCUUGAUGAUAUAGAGAAUGAAGAAGCACAGCACCAGGUCGAUUACACGUUUGGCGAUGCUAGCUCAAACUGGCGCAUGACUAAGCUCAAGGCAGUAUACAGGCAGGCUGAAGUGCAAGAUCGCAAGGUCGAAGAUAUAGCCAUAGAACGGUAUGGUAAUCUACGUGAGUUUGAUGACGCACGAGAAGAGGAGAUUGAGCUCGAAAGACGGGAUAGACUAGGUAAGGACUAUGUUGGUAAGAGCAAGCCAAGUGGUGAGCUCUUCCAGGAGCGUAAGCUCAAUUCGGGGGUCAGGCGCUCGAACCAACCACGAGCAGAUGCAGGCAGUGACGACGAGUUCGACACCAUCCUUAACAAUGUUUCUGUACCAGCACCAGUUGCCCCUUUUCCGCCCAAGCUUGAUCAAACUCACAUCAACAAACUCAAAGCUCAGCUGAUGAAGGCCGAGCUCCGGAAAGAUCCAAAUGUGGAAGAAUUGCGCAAACAGUAUGAUGCGGCUGUCGCUAGCAGCUCAUCUUCGGACCCGACUGUAGUUCAGCUGUCAGCAAUGGACUCUCGCAUGCUCUCAUCUGCGCCUCGUAACGAGACCAAAUCUGCUACAAAGCGUCGAGAUCAGGAACGCGGAAACGUUGAAGAGAACGAGGACAUGACCAUCGAGGAUAUGGUAGCUGAAGAACGACGGACCAAAACACAGGCUGGAGGUGAAGCUCAACGCUUUGCGGAGCGCAUCGCCAAAGACGCUAAGUUUGACAACGACCUAGAAUAUAUGGACGAAAACGCUACGAAACUUGCAAAACGUGUGCACAAGUCAGAUAUGAAUCUCCGCAAUAUGGCCAUCAGUGAUUACCAGAAACUGAAUCGCAUUCUCGAGACUUGUCCGUUGUGCCAUCACGAAGACAACCCUUCUCAGCCUGAGCCUGUAGCUCCCGUAGUCAGCCUUGCGACACGUACCUAUCUGACUCUGCCGACCAAACCAGAGCUAGCACCUUACAGUACCAUGAUAGUACCACUUCAACACCAUACUAAUUUACUCGAAUGUGACGACGAUGAGUGGGAAGAAAUCAGGAACUUCAUGAAAAGUCUGAUUAGGUUCUAUCACUCCAGAGACAGCGAUGUGAUCUUCUACGAGAAUGCUGCCUUUCCAAAUCGACGGCCCCAUGCUGCCCUCGUCGCAGUACCGCUGCCUCAGAGUGUAGGUGAGACUUCACCAGCCUUCUUCAAGGAGGCCUUCCUGUCCACGGAAUCAGAAUGGUCACAACACAAGAAGAUUAUCGAUACGUUGGCGAAAGCCAAGUCAGGACACGGCAGGGCUGCGUUCAGAAAGACUCUAGCCAAGGAGAUGCCAUAUUUUCAUGUCUGGUUCGAGAUGGAUGGCGGCCUUGGACACGUAGUGGAAGAUCCAGACAAGUGGCCUCGCGGAGAUCUAUUUGCCAGGGAAGUGAUUGGUGGUAUGCUUGGAUUGGAGACCGAGACCAUCAAGAAGCAAGGUAGGUGGCAUCGUGGCGCUGAACGCGACAGGGUUGAAAGCUUCAGGAAGAGAUGGAGGCAAUUCGACUGGACAAGAGUGCUUGUCGAAGGUCAGACUUGA